AUGGCAGCAGCACAUUCGGUCUACAAUGAGUAUCAAUCCAGCUAUUAUAACUCGUGUUACAACUAUUCUCAACGUGGGCCAGAGCAGUUUAUUCCAAAUUAUUAUCAAACAGCACUUCAAUAUGGUGACAGUAAUAUGAGUAUACCACAAUCGCAACUCUUGCAAAACUCACAAUACGCGCAGCAGUCACAACAGGAAAUUCAAAACAUAUCAUCCAUAUCGUCUUCAGCUUAUGGAUAUUCGGCUACGGCGCAAUAUAACCAUGAUGAGCAAUUUAGCUCGAAUUCGUUACAUACUAGACAUCACCAAUUAGAAAAUUAUGGAAAUCAGUUUGAUAGUUAUUACGGCUAUCCGUAUCAAACCACUGCCCAUUAUAGUUUGUGUGGAGCACAAGAACAUUUCGAAGAAUACUUUUACAAACCAACUGAAGUCGAACGCUCUAAUGUGGAAAAAAGGUCUUGCGAGAAGAGUUGUGAGCCCAUCAAACCACCUGCCAUGAAAAGAAAGAUCAGUGAGAAAGAAACAAACGAUAAUGAAAAAGAUUCUCCAGCACUAAGAGCACUGCUAACUAAUCCAGCCAAAAAACUAAAGUACAACCCUCAUUAUGCUCAUUCCAUGACGAACGAAUCUAGUCGUCGCAUCGAAGCUACGUUCGGAUAUAAUAAUGGCUUUCUUUCGCCUGCUGCAAGUGACCGCAUUGUUCCUGACAUUGUACCAUUAUCACCCAACAAAACCGAUGAUAGCAUUGAUAGCUUGUUGGAUAAUUCGUCCAAGCAAGAUAUAGUAACGAUGCAAUGUGUGGACUAUACGUUAAAUAGUCUGCGCCAAAUUACGGCCACACCAAAGUAUGAUGGCGUUAGCACUCCACCCCUUUCUCCAAAGAAUAUGGAAAGUGCAAUCUCAUCUCCUUUUCCCUUUCCUUCCACAGAUCAUCCUAAAGAAUCAUCUAAACGAACUCGACAGUCUUAUUCCCGUCACCAAACGAUAGAAUUGGAAAAGGAGUUCCAUUUCAAUCGGUAUCUUAAUCGGAGACGUCGUAUCGAAAUUGCUAGCAUGUUGAAGCUCACCGAAAGGCAAAUCAAGAUUUGGUUCCAAAAUCGCCGCAUGAAGGCAAAAAAGGAUAAUUCAGCAUCAGCCAAUACACCAGAUCUGACAUAUGAUGGUGAAAUACCACAGCAAUCUUUAGAAUCUAUCGUAGCAGUUCAGUCACAACAUCAUACUGCGUCUGAUUCGCAACCAUUGUCGAUGAAUACGUCGGCUAGUACUGUUACUCAACAGGUAGGCCGUCAUUGUGAUCAGCAAAUGAUGGACGGCUGGUCGUAUCCUCAUUCAAACUACUCACAUAACCAGUAUUAUUACAUGCAAAAUUAUUCUAAUUAUUCGCAACAUAAUUUUCAAACUGCGGGUCCUAUUUCUAGUGGCCUAUACAACGGGCAUCAUCCACAUCAAACAAUUGCAACUUACAUUUCAUCUCCGAGUCUUACAUGA